AUGCCGUCUCUGGCCCCAAGGUCCUAUCAGCUCCUCGUGGGCGUAUUCGCCUCGUUGGGAGCAUUCCUCUUUGGCUAUGAUCUCGGUGUCAUAGCUGCUGUUGUCGCCUCCGACACAUUCAAGUCCCAAUUCGACCCCAACACAUCGGAAGAAGGUCUUGUCGUCAGCAUGUUCACUGCAGGUGCCUUCUUCGGAGCAGGGGCUGGCGGUACAUUGGGCGAUCGUAUCGGUCGACGAGGAACAAUUGUUGUCGGCGCCAUCGUGUUUCUUCUUGGUGGAGGUCUCCAAACUGGAGCUCGGAAUAUCCACUUCCUAUGGACUGGACGAUUCAUCUCCGGCUUAGGAGUUGGGGUUCUCUGCAUGAUCGUCCCUCUCUACCAGGCAGAACUUGCACACCCGCAUAUUAGAGGUCGUAUCACGGCUCUGCAGCAGCUCAUGAUUGGCGUUGGAGCUUUCAUCGCAACAUGGGUCGGAUGGGCUUGCUUUGUCGAGCUCGGUUCUUCCAGUGCCCAGUGGCGGGUUCCUCUGGCCAUCCAGAAUGUUCCUGCGAUAUUCCUCGCGGCAUUGACGUACUUGUUUCCCGAGAGUCCUAGAUGGCUCGCCGAUAAGGGCAAGGACGAGGAAACUCUCCACACGCUUGCAAGACUACAUGCAAACGGCAACGUCGAGGAUCCCUUUGUCAUGGCUGAAUACGACGAAAUCAGAAACUCGAUCCAAUACGAGCAUCAACACGCAGCCAAAUCGUACAAAGAGCUGUUCAAGUCACGAAGUGCCUUCCGCCGUCUCUUCCUCUGCUGCGCCAUCCAAGCCUCGGUCCAAAUGACAGGUGUCUCAGCAAUCCAGUAUUAUUCGCCUACCAUUUUCAAGCAGAUUGGAAUCGCCACGGACGACACGCUCAAGUACCAGGGUAUUAGCAACGGAUUGGCUAUUGUCGCCCAGGCCUGUGCCAUGCUGCUGAUUGAUCGCACUGGACGUCGAUGGCCUCUUAUCGGAGGAAACCUCUUCAACUCAGUCACCUUUAUCAUUGCGUCUAUUCUUCUUGCCCUGUUUCCUCCGGGAACAUCCAGCAACCUGAGUGCGCAGUGGGGUUUCAUCGUCAUCACAUGGCUUUACAACUUCUCUUUCUCGUCCACUUGCGGUCCGCUCAGUUGGAUUAUCCCUGCCGAAGUGUUUGAUACGAACACUCGAGCCAAGGGCGUCAGUAUCGCCACGAUGGCCUCUUUUGCGUUCAACACGAUGAUUGGACAAGUUACGCCCAAGGCCAUGGAAUCAAUCGGCUACCGGUUUUACUUCCUCUUUGUUGUCUGCAACGUCACCAACGCCUUGUUCUUCUGGGUAUUCCUCCCCGAGACAGCCCGCAGACCCCUCGAGCAGAUGAAUGAAAUCUUUUCAAGCAAGAGUUGGGUUGUUAUUGGCAAGAGUACUUCCUAUGGUGGUGCCACGAACGAUGUCGAGAGCCAUGUUGAUAAGACUGAGGUGACGCACGAGGCUGAGAAGAGACAGAACUGA